AUGACCGAAAGGCACGGUGCCUGUCCCACGUUAACGAUAGCCAAUCCGUUCCCCCCUUAUCCCGAGUCUCUUCGCUUUCUAUUGAGAAACAACUCCAUCCUCAACUUACCAAAACCAUUCAUUUUGUCCGUUGACUCCAUGCAUGGCUUAGCAUGUCUUUCCGUCACACCCACCACCACCACCACCACCACCACGAUCCCGCAACUUCUUACCCAUUCAAAACUACCACAAUCCCCUCCAAAUCAACAACACUUCACAAACAACACUUCAAUCCAUAACCGCAUCUCAUUCCUCUGCAAACAUGUUCGAAUCCAAGAAGCCGUCGAUUCACUUUCCCAAUUCCAACAACACUUCCACAUAGGACCUGACAUUUACGGUGAACUCCUCCAAGGAUGUGUCUACGCAAGAGCCCUCAGUUUAGGUCUUCAAAUCCACGCUCACAUCAUCAAAAAAGGUCCUUCCUUUUCCACAAACGAGUUCAUCGAAUCCAAGCUUGUCAUCCUCUACGCAAAAUGCGGCCUUUCGGAUAUCGCGGUUCAUCUCUUUCGUAACGUUGUUAGAAACCAGAAUCUCUUCUCUUGGGCCGCCAUUAUAGGCCUGCAGGCCCGAAUUGGACUCUCCCGAGAAGCGUUGUUGAGUUAUGUGGAAAUGAUGGAGAAAGGGUUUCUCCCGGAUAAUUUCGUUGUGCCGAAUGGUUUGAAGGCCUGUGGGGCACUCCGGUGGGGUGGGUUCGGGAAGGGGAUUCAUGGGUAUGUAGUUAAAAUGAAUAAGGAUUUCGAUGGUUGUGUUUAUGUUGCGACGAGUCUUGUUGAUAUGUAUGGGAAAUGUGGGUUUUUGGAGGAUGCGGAGAAGGUGUUUGAUGAUAUGCCUCAGAAGAAUGUUAUUGCUUGGAACUCCAUGAUUGGGGUUUUUGCUCAAAACGGAAUGAAUAUGGAGGCUGUCAGGCUCUUUAAGAAGAUGAGGUUUCAGGGUGAUGAACUUACUGAGGUUACAUUGUCGGGUUUUUUUUCAGCGUGUGCUAAUUUGGAGGCUGUUGAGGAAGGUAAACAAGGGCAUGCUAUUGCUGUUAUAAUGGGAUUUGAGUUGGGUAACAUUUUAGGUAGCUCUAUUAUGAAUUUUUAUUCCAAGUUUGGAAUGUUUGAGAAGGCGCUUGAGAUGUGUGGUUGGAUGACGGAGGAGGAAAACUUGAGGUUUGAUUGUGUCACACUGUCUUCUUUGUUGUCUGUUGCUGCGGAUACGAGAGAAGUAGAACUUGAUAUGUAUGGGAAAUGCGGGAGAAUGGAUUGUGCGAGAAGAGUUUUUUGUUUUGCGGCGAAGAAAGAUCUUGUGUUGUGGAAUACAAUGUUGGCAGCUUGUGCGGAGAAGGGGUUGAGUGGUGAGGCUAUGAAAUUGUUUUUUCAAAUGCAACUGGAGAGUGUUCCUCCGAAUGUUGUUUCGUGGAACUCUUUGAUAUUCAGUUUCUUUAGAAAUGGUCAGGUUGUUGAGGCUCAAGACAUGUUUUAUGAAAUGCAAUCAUCGGGUGUAACGCCAAAUUUGAUCACAUGGACUACUAUGAUAUCUGGCUUGGCUCAAAAUGGUUUCUGUUACGAAGCUAAUAAGGUUUUCCGGCAAAUGCAAGAUGCAGGGAUGAGACCUAAUAGCAUAAGCAUAACUGCCGCAUUAUCAGCAUGCCCGGAUAUGGCAUUAUUGAACUAUGGAAGGGCAAUUCAUGGAAGCCCUUGCACUUUUUAA